AUGGCGAAUCCGCCGGAAUCCGCCGUCCAAGACUGUGCGCCGCCGUGGAGGAGCGUCGUCACCAUCCCAAUUCUUAUGAAAGGGGUUUUCCUCGUGUGCUGUGUAUUUGGCGCCUUCUCCCUGUGUUAUUUAGCCUUCCCGAUUUCCCGAUGGCAUCUCAAUUGCCCCGAAUGCGACGCCUCACUCAUCCACGCCGCCUCCCUCCGGCGAUUUGAUUUUGAAGAGAAGACGGCGGCGACGGACAUAUCCCACAUCCUUUUCGGCAUCGGUGGGUCGGCGGAGACGUGGGGUCGCCGCCGGCAGUACUGCGAGCUAUGGUGGGAGGCCGGCGUCACGCGCGGGUUCGUGUGGCUGGACAAAGAGCCCAAGGUGGAGGCGUGGCCGGAGACAUCGCCGCCUUACAAAGUGUCGGAGGACACAUCCCGGUUCAAGUACAGCAACUGGUACGGGUCGAGAUCGGCGGUCCGGAUGGCCCGGAUUGUGAAGGAGAGCUUCGAGCUGGGGCUGGAGAAGGUGCGAUGGUUCGUGAUGGGCGACGACGACACUGUCUUCUUCAAGGAGAAUUUGCUGAGCGUCUUGAAUAAAUACGAUCACCGCCAGAUGUAUUACAUCGGAGGCAUCUCCGAGAGCAUCGAGCAGGAUUUGGUGCAUUCUUACACCAUGGGCUACGGCGGCGCCGGCUUCGCAGUCAGCUACCCGCUGGCGGCGGAGCUCGUCAGGAUCCUGGACGGCUGCAUUGAUCGCUACGCGGAGUCGUACGGGUCGGAUCAGAAAAUCGGGGCGUGCAUGAGUGAAAUCGGAGUGCCUGUGACCAAAGAGCUUGGGUUUCAUCAGAUGGACAUACGAGGGAGCCCCGUGGGGUUGCUGUCGGCGCACCCAUUGGCGCCGCUGGUGUCUCUGCACCAUCUGGACUAUUUGCAGCCAUUGUUUCCGGGCGCGAGCAGGGUGGAGUCGGUGAGGAAGAUGAUGGAGGUGUAUGGAAGGGAUCAUAGUCGGAUGCUGCAGCAGAGUGUGUGCUACGACCUGACAAGGAACUGGUCCAUAUCCGUCGCCUGGGGUUACAACGUGCAGGUGUACCCGUGGUUGGUGACAGCCAGGGUUUUGAGCACGCCAUUGCAGACAUUUCUGACGUGGGGGACUUGGAGUCGGGGGCCCUUCGUGUUCAACACUCGACCCUUGAGUUUAAACCCCUGCGAAAGGCCCCUCACCUUUUAUCUGGACCGCCUGGAGGAGAAUGCCACUGCCACAGCCACAACGACGUCGUAUCGCAUGUCUGCGCACACCGUGGAAUGCCGGGACCACACCUACGCUGCUGUGAAUGCUCUCAAGGGCUUCAACGUCGCGGCGGCGGUUCUUGAUCCUGCGGUGUUGACUCAGCGGCAAGCGCCACGUAGACAGUGCUGCGAGAUCAUCCAUGAAUCGGAGGGUGAGGGUGAGGGUGGUACUGGUAGCAUGGUGCACCUCCGAAUCAGAGAAUGCCACCUCAAUGAAUCGGUAACGCCGCCGUAGACGUAAAUAGAUCGAGCUAGCCUGUACAAUUCCAACCACCACCAAAUAGUCAGCGGAGCUGCCCCACACUGCC